CACUCCUGCCCUCAGUCUGGACCUGCCCAAGGACCCCUGCAAUCAGGCCUCCCAUGCAGAGGUCUGUGAGAGCCCAAGCCAAUUGCUCUUGGCCCCGUGGCUGGCUACUUAUGGGGCACUGUCCUGACCAGCUCUGCUAAGAUGCUCCUGGCCCCUCCCUCCACCCCGUCCAGAGGACGGACCCCCAGCGCCGUGGAGAGGCUGGAAGCGGACAAAGCCAAGUAUGUCAAGACGCACCAGGUGAUAGCCAGGCGACAGGAGCCAGCCCUGCGUGGGAGUCCUGGGCCGCUCACGCCGCACCCCUGCAACGAGCUGGGGCCCCCUGCAUCGCCCAGGACGCCCAGGCCGGCCCGCCGGGGAAGCGGCAGGCGGCUGCCGAGGCCUGACUCCCUCAUCUUCUACCGCCAGAAGCGGGACUGCAAGGCUUCGGUGAACAAAGAGAACGCCAAGGGCCAGGGGCUGGUGCGGCGCCUCUUUCUGGGUGCCCCGCGGGACGCUGCCCCGAGCAGCCCGGCCUCCACAGAGCGACCUGCGGCUUCAGGGGGUUGGGCCGCGCCCCAGGAUGUCCCGGAAGCGGCGGGAAAGCGGGCGCUGUGUACCACGUGCUCGCUGCCCCUGUCGGAGAAGGAGCGCUUCUUCAACUACUGCGGCCUGGAGCGCGCGCUGGUGGAGGUGCUGGGCGCAGAGCGCUUCUCCCCGCAGAGCUGGGGGGCCAACGCCAGCCCGCAGGCCGGAACUUCGUUGCCGCCCGGCUCCGGGGACGCUAGCGACUGGACAUCCAGCGACAGGGGCGUGGACAGCCCGGACGGCGCGGGCGGCGGCGGCGGCUCGGAGGCAGCGGGCUCGGCGCGGGACGGGCGCCCCUCGGUGUCGGUCGUGGAGCGCAACGCGCGCGUCAUCCAGUGGCUGUACGGCUGCCAGCGCGCCCGCGGACCGCCGCGCGAGUCCGAGGUGUGACCGCCGCGGCUCCGGAGCCGGCUUCCCAGGGAGUGCCAAGGGCGGGGCUGGCCCCGGGCACGGACAGGGACACCCCUCUUCUGGCGCGCUGGGUGCCUUUGCGUAAGCCCUUCCUUCUGGAACUCAGUUUCGCGUCUUAACCUUGGGGAGGUGGGACAAGUUGUUGCCGAAGGCCCUUCCCUGCGCCCGCGGCGAAGGGGGAGGGAGAGGCCUCUUGGUCCCUGUGGAGGCCCGGUCUGGGGAGUCACGAUUGGGGUGGGAGAUGAGCAAACCUGCUGAAUAAAGUUAAAACGUUAUUUAAAUGGGGAGCUGAGGAAGGAGCAAACGGGUUUUCGCGGUUAAACCCGUGGGUUUUGGAAUGUGUGUUCCCGGCUGUGUGAUCCUGGGCAAGCACUUGACCUCCCUGGACGCAGCGGCACCCCGCGGUUAUUAAGGAGGGAGGAGUAGGGGAUACAAGUAUUUCAAAAUAGUUGCAAUGCGCAUGGCAAAGUGGCCAGCAUCUAGAAAGUGCUCAAUAAACGAUAACU